GAUUGCCGUCAAUGAGUUUGUACAAGUCCGGGAAUUAUAGGGAAAGUAAAUUGUACGGUGACAAAGAGCUUUGGAAUGGGUGUUUUUUUACUGCAUAAUUUGCUGAAAAUGUUUUAGUUUCUGAACUUGAACUUCCAUUGGAACAAUUUAGAAUAUAAGACUGGGUUGAAGCCGCAUUUUCCAAUACCUGUCAAUGUUUUGAACUUUGCCUAGCGAACAAUAUUCUUUCACCACGGUUUGCUUUUCCAACACUGGCUACGUUGCUAACUAGCCAAUAAGCUAUAUCGAAAGCUACCAUUAUUUGUUCAUCGUCCUGGGUUGUCCGAAUCGUAGAUCUUGGAUAGGUAACACAUGACUACAUUAAGUGUAAUACGCUGCGCACUAAAAAAAGUUGCUUUCUUUUAUUACCUGAAAUCCCAAGGGAAAUACCGUCAACAAAACGUCGCCCUUUUAACUAAGUUUUUGUUCAUGACUGCACUGUGUAACUGCGAGCCUGUAGAAAAGAAACUGAGGUCGGAGGGCCCCCCUUCACCUGUCAGGCGAGAAGAGAAGCAAAUUAAGAAGUCAGAACAACUGUUCCUCUUUUCGGCAAAAGUACAGAAAGAAGCGCAGCUGAAAGAAUCGAGUUUGUGCGGUCAAAUCAAAGAUAUCGAAAAGGCGGCCCAUGCCUGCACUGUGAGAAUGGAAGAAAUGCCAAUGGAAACGGAAAACACAAUAAAUGUGGACCCGACUGGCAAAGGUGGAGUGAAUCACGAUCCUUUUGGAAGUCCCGCUGUUUUGGAAUACGCAAACUGUGAGACGCCGAGUUCCGAGGGAUCGACCGGUGUGCUUCCUGCCGUCCAGGCGAUAUCGGCGAGGGCGCCCAGCUGUGAAGGUAGUCCUAAGCCAGGUGAUCCCAGGCCCAAUGACGGCUUUCCGAACAGCGCGAUUGGCUCUCCUGUGGAGGCGUCUCCGGUGACACGCGGUAUGAGCCCGGGCGAGGGUGCGGGAAUGCAGCAGGAUGUGUCCAUGUUGAGCCCAGAGAGCCCCAUCUGCAGCCCCCCAGCAGAGCUCUCACAACGGGCCACAGAUGCCGGGUCGGGCCCUGAGGGCCGGAGCCCUGAUACCAGGGACACCGUCAAGGGCUCCAUGGGAGAUGAGAACGAGAAGCGUGAGACAGCAGGAAAAGGAGGUGCCCGGCGCGACACGAAAAUCACAGAAUUCUUCUCAAGAGUGCCCCCACAGUCUGCAUGUACGAGCUCGCAGGACCCCUCCCCUCCUGUGGACGCCAAGUGGCUCGGUACCCCAAUUGAAGAGCUCAAGAGGAUGCCCCAGUGCAGCCUACCCCUGCCGCCGCUGAAGGUGGCCGACAGCCACACCAUCAUGAUAAGGACCGACCUGCUCCGGGAGGGAGACGUGCCCGUCCCGUAUCCCACAAAGUUUAAGGAUGCGUGGGAUGAGCUGAAUGUGAAGAUGCCCUGUUCAGACAAGAGCCUCUUUCCGUUGGAUGGCGAGGACGGAGGUGGAGUACAGAGUCGAUGGGAAUUGAUUCAGAAAGCUCUGAGAACAGAGUUUAAAAGUGUUUAUGGUGUGAAGAGUGCAAUAUUGAAAUACAACACGGCCCAUUCCAAGAAAUGGGACUUCAGUGCCAUGAAUAUCCUUUGUACCAAGGUUCUUGAUCCUCACUCCGUGCAGCAUCUGUUCGCGGCCGUCCUGCCAAAGAUGGCGGAGCUGGCCCUCAGCGCAGACAAGCUCUGCACCAAGCCAAUACCGUUGCUUAAGCAGAAGAUGAAUCACUCCAUCACGAUGUCACAGCAACAAAUCGCCUGUCUACUGGCCAAUGCCUUCUUCAGUACGUUUCCACGACGCAACUCCAGGAAGCUGGAGUACGCAAAUUACCCCGACAUCAAUUUGUUCAGGUUGUUUGAAGGCUCUUCCCCGAAGAAGGUGGAGAAGCUCAAAACAUUGUUUUGCUACUUCAGACGGGUCACGGAGAAAGCACCGACUGGCCUGGUGACGUUUACGAGGCAGUGUGUGACCCGAUUUCCGGACUGGGAAAGUUCUGCCAAGCCCUUGACAAAGCUGCACAUCACGUGUGAGGGCACCAUUGAGAAUGAGGGCUACGGGAUGCUCCAGGUGGACUUUGCCAACCGGAUGGUGGGAGGCGGGGUGACGGGCAAUGGGCUGGUCCAGGAGGAGAUCCGGUUCAUGAUCAACCCCGAGCUCAUCGUGUCGCGCCUCUUCACCGAAGCCCUGGACAACAACGAGUGUCUCAUCAUCACAGGCACGGAGCAGUACAGUAAAUACACCGGCUACGCGGAGAGCUACAAAUGGGCCGGGAGCCACAGGGAUGAAACGCCAAGGGACGAGUGGCAGCGCCGCUGCACCGAGAUCGUGGCCAUAGACGCACUGAGGUUCAGGAGCUUCUAUGACCAGUUUCAGCCGGAGAAGAUAACCAGGGAGCUGAAGAAGGCCUACUGCGGCUUUGUGCGUCCCGGCGUGAAGAGCGAGAAUCUCCCUGCCGUGGCCACGGGAAACUGGGGCUGUGGAGCUUUCGGGGGAGACUCCAGGUUAAAAGCUCUCCUGCAGAUCCUGGUGGCCUCGGAAGUGGGCCGUGACGUGGCCUAUUUCACCUUCGGGGACGUCGACCUCAUGAGAGACGUCCACAAGAUGCACUCCUUCCUCACGCAGAAGAACGUCACCAUCGGGACGGUGUGUCGGCUCGUAAAGCAAUACUACAGCACCGUAUGCGAAGGCUGCCGCACCCCAAGGCCCGACGUCAGCCUCUACGCUUUCAUCUACAAGCGUCUGCGCUCCUCCCCCACGUCGCCCCCUGGUGACAGCUCUGCCGGCGGACCCGACGGCCCUCCGGAUUGUUGACGUCGCACGUCCGGUCACCUGUGCUCUCCCUGUACUGCACGAUCUUGGUAUUCAGGACUCCUGCCUUUUUGUUUUUUAGAUUUAUUUUUGUAUGAUUCUUCAACACUCAAACGACACCAUAUGCCUUCCCUCAUUUAAUGGACAAAAAAAAAAAAUCAGUUGAAUACCAGUCAACUUCUCAAAGAAGUAAAAUAAAUCGUGCAAGUAGAACAUGUUGGCCUCCACCUAUGAUUUUUUUUGUCUUAAUAUUCUAGUGAGUUUGUGUCAACGUAAUGCUGGUAUUGCACAUUCUGUGUGUUACUAUAAAAGCCUUUGAUUUUAAUGGGGAGAUACAUGUUCUCUAGUCUUGUAUGUAUGUAAUCUUUCGUGUUUUACAUCUUGCGCGUUAGCUGUAUUCAACUGCUGAACUUUUAUUAGGAAGAUAAGUAUGUAGAGAGAUCCAAUAUGUCUGGACAGAUUUCCUACACUCACUAAGCGUUUCACCUUAUGUUAUUCCUCGAGGCCUGAGGAUUUAUUGAUGUCGCUUUCCACUUGGGGGUGGUUGUUAUCGUUUACAAGUGAUGUCACACUGGAUGGCGGGUCUUGGCUCUCGCUGGUGUGUGUUCCAGGCCUUCUCAUUAGUCACCCUCUCCUUAAAGUGCUCGGAUGUGACUUUCAAAUGAGAUCAUGCGGUGAGAGAGGCACAGCCUGCAGUGUAACAGGGUAAGCGUCACACAAACUACAAACGGCAAUAUGGUUUCGUAUAUAAUGCCUCAUGCAUGUUUGAUCAUUUUCCCCCUAAACCUUAAUUUUUAUUAUUUGGCAAUAAGUGUUUGAGAAUUCUUGGAAUAUUUAAACCUUUUCUUUUCUAUACAUAAUUGAAUAAAUGGCAACAUCUUGUGGUUCAGUAAAUUUUGCUUUCUUUCAUUAUAUUAUAUAUUUAUAUUGUAUACAGUAUUUCUCCAUAGAAUUUUACAUUUCCAUCUAGGGCAAUCUCAUGUUGAUUCUUUAAGAAGUGGCACGAUGACUCCUGAAUAUGGUCAAAAUUUCUGACCGCCCCACCCCACCUUUUUGAAAAUGUACCCGUCAUGGUUCUUGGCUGAAGCUGCGGUGAUACGGUUAAGUGAUCUGGCACAGCGCUGCCUUUUAUCAUUUCUCAUUUUGCCCUUUCACUCCCAGUUUAAUAAGGUCGUUUCAAUAUAAGGUCACCUUUAAGUAAGCCGUACAUGAAGUCUCAUUAAGUGUAGUCUGACGAGCUUUUCCUGCUUGCCAGGGUAGGUCUUUCCUUGAAGAAGAAAAAAAAACGAGAAAAAAUCACUUGGACACUCUUAGUCUUCUCAUUUUGUGGCAUAAUGGCAAAUUUUAAGUGGACUGGGAAUUUCUGCACCGUCUAGGAGGGUCAAAGUCUCCUGUAGGGCAGUCUGACUUGAAGGACCUGCCUCAUGGUUAUUUAUUGAGAAGUAAUGCCCCCCACCCUCCAAGUUUUAGGUAAAAUAUUGCUGGUGAAUGAUGAUUGCGUUCAGACCUAUGUCAUAGUUGUUCUAUUUCCAUGAUCUAAUAUGAAAACCCAUGCUAGAUGCACUUUUGGAACCCGUGGAUCAGUAUGGCCUGCUGUGUACUGGUGUUGAGUCCAGGGUGUCUGCCUGCCUCGUGCACCCCAGCUGGGGGCUCCCGACCCCCCCACUAGCCUAUACUCUACAGUAUAAGCAGUUGGAAGAUGGAUGGACCAACAUGUCAUCUCCUGAAGUCCUAUCAGCUUGUUAACGAUGUUAGACCUUAGACAUCUUGAUAUUGCUAUUCUGGUGUUAAAGGAUACUUCCUGUCAAAUAGGUGAAUGCUAAAAUGUCAACAAAUAUACGUAAAUGUAUACUUAUAUUUGUGUAUUCAUGUGUGAAAUUAUUAUUUAACAGAACGGUUAAUUGUUGCUUUGAUGUGGGCUUUAUAAAAACACUUUUAGCUCAUCCUUGAGUAAUGAACAGAAUGAUCUGGUUCAACCAGUUACUGUACUUUGUACCUCCUGUCAGUAUCGAGUAAUGUGAUUCUGCGAGAUACUAAAAGUCGCGAGUCCAACUGUACCUGAAAUACUUCCUGUUUAAAAAUCCAAAAUGCAUAACUUCAAAAAUGUAUUUUGCUUGUAACUCUCCAUCCCAAUACUGUAGUCAACUGAUAAGAGCAGAAUGCUGAAUAGUACAAACCCUUUGAUUCUGUAGAUCCAUAGAUUUAGUUUUCUCCACACUGUUAGUCGUCGUGUUAGACUUUGUUUGUAAUUGACUUGUCUAAACAGCAUUGCAUUGUAUAGAAUUUGACACUGUUACCUUUCAAAGAGCCGCCUGUAAUCUGGCAGUACCCAGCCAGUACCCAUCAUACUUGUUCACCAGCCUUUUAGCACCCAGAAUGUCUUUACAUUCCUUGUAUCCCAACAUUAUCAUUAAUUUAUGCCGUUCAUAGGUAGGGAGCAUUGUGCAGAAUAUCCAUUGUGAAAGGUGUUGCUUAGGAAUUGAAUCGUCUUUGUGGUAUUGCAUACAAAUGACUGUCGUGUGAAUGGCUAUGUACUGUAAGCUUUCUGAAAACAAGACUCCAGACACAAAGGUACAGUACAGAAGAAUUAUUUCGGGGUGUGAAACAUGGCCUCCGGCCUCACAGAAGUUGGGCUUGGCACCUAUUUGGUAGCUGGUACUGUUUUGGUCCUUGCUAAUUGGUCGAGCCUUUCUUUGGAGAUGCUGGGACUACUUUAUCUCCAAACAAGUGCUCGACCAGUUAGCAUAGCUAAUUAGAUUGACGAAGCUUUUGAUUAUGAUAUAUUAUUUUAAAAUCUGUUUAAGUAUUUAAAUAAAUCCUAGGGCAAUUAGAUGUUUUCAGAGAACUCGGCAAAAAAAGUGGUACUUUUGAUAAAAUUGUUAAUUGGAAGUGUUCAUUGGUGUUCUAUAAGGCAUUGUAAUGAAUCAAUCCUCUUAGAAAUUUCUAUAAAAGAUUUACAUUGCCUGCAAUGUCCGAGUCCUUUUUUCAUGGUGAUGGUUCUGUGUUUAUGCUGAAACCUUGCAACAAGGUCUUUUGAGACCUUUCAUGCAAUUAAACCUAAAAUUAAAACUUGUUUCCAUGCUGAAUGGACCAGACCAUUGGCAAAUUUACACGCUGGAUUGAAAAGCUUUACUUCUGUUUAAUUAUUUUGAAAAUGCAUGAUCAGUCAUAAACAUCUGCCUUCCACAUUUGUCGUUUUUGAACCACUUCAGUAAGGGUAAUAUAAAAAGUAACUAGCUUUUUUUAUUGUGAUUAAUCCUACUUCAUUAUUGCCAGACAGAAAGUGCUGUCUGAUGUCCUCCUUCAAACUUGUAUUCUUUAAUAUGUUGCCAUGUAAAGCUUAGAUAGACCCCUGCGGCAGGUAACAUUGUAGCUUGUCAUGUGUAGAAAAAUCCUAAGAAAAAAUCAAUUGUAUCCUGACACUUUCCCCUACACGCUUUUAAAACCCAUUACAUAUUAAGUUUGCUUCUUCUGAAGGUGUCAACUUGAGAAUGAAUCUUGCAUUACUCUGUUCAAUGGACAAAUAAAUCAAUAAGUUCUUAA